AUGGGAAUUGGAAUUGCGAGUUAUCCGUUAGCGCCAUCACUGCCGGUCUUUUUUGGUAUAGCGGUCGUCGCGGGAUUUUCGGCGGGAGGCUACGACACGGCCCAAAUCGUGUGGAUAAUCGAACUCUGGUCGGGCGAAGCGGCACCGUACAUUCAAGUUCAACACUUUAGCUACGCGUUAGGCACUUUUGUAUCGCCGAUGAUAAUCAGGCCGUAUCUAGCAGAGGAAAAAGUUAUCAUGGCUGGAGUGACGAAUUCGACCACGGACGAAAUACUGGAGCCGGAAGACGCACAACCACCCGAUCCGAAAACGGGACAACGCUUUUCCCACAAGAUAAAACUCAUUGUACUUUCCUCCAUAAUUUUGGGAGCAUAUUGCGGAAUGGAGGUUUAUACGAUUCAAUUUAUCCCAACCUUCAUGCAUUUCAUCCCCUUGAAACUGGCGCCAUCCGACGGGGCCCGCAUUCUGACCGGACUAACGGCGGCAUUCAUGAUAGGACGGGGUCUCGGCGUAUUUCUAGUGCUCAGGAUUCGGCCCGAAUUUAUCAUUGUUGGGAAUUUCGUAGUAAUACUGACGGGAAACGUGGUUCUCAACGUGAUUGGUGGUACUUCGUAUGAAAUGUUGUGGGGAGGUGCGGUCCUGCUCGGGGUCGGAUUUUCCGUCGUGUUUCCAUCUUUCUACGGAUUUUUAGAGAAACAUUUGCACGUGACGAAUGUCGUGGGGGCGGUUAUAACUUCGAGCAGUGGGUUAAUUUUUGGCCUUUAUCCGGCAAUAAUUGGAACGUGGAUUGAGCAGAAUCCGUACAUCUUGAUGUAUACGAAUUAUGGUAGUUUAAUCAUUUGUUCAAUAGCCUUUGGGGCGAUGAAUUGGAUUGUUUCCGGUGUACGAGAGGGGAAUAAAGGAGUGAAUGGGUAUGUUGGUGGUAAGGAGGAAUUGAGUGGAGGAGGUGGGAUUGAGCUAGAAAAUAAAGGAAAUUAA